GAUUUUUUUUCCAAUGGAUAAUAAUUUGUGUGAGUUUUUCGAAGAACUCGAGCACGUCGGUGAAGAUGAUUUGUUCAGUAUUUUUGAGAGUUUAGAUGGGCUGGCUGAGUCGUUUCAGUUUCCCUUCACUCCGUUUGAAGAAAUGGCUGCUGCUGGUUGUACACCAAAAUCUGCUUCCUCGAGUGCUCAAAUGGAGUCCGAAACCGAGGAAACUUCACCCAAAAGCAAGAGGCAGAAGGUAGUGACGAACCUCGAUGGUCCUCAAAGGAUGUCGCAUAUUAACAUCGAACGCAACCGGAGGAAGCAAAUGAACGAGCAUUUAACCGUGCUCAGAUCGUUGAUGCCUUGCUUCUACGUCAAAAGAGGGGAUCAAGCGUCGAUUAUUGGGGGCGUGGUGGAUUACAUCAAUGAGUUGCAACAAGUUCUACAAUCUCUAGAGGCCAAGAAACAAAGGAAAGUUUACAGCGAAGUGUUGAGUCCAAGAUUGGUUUUAAGUCCGAGAUCGUCGGCUCUCAGCCCUCGGAAGCCUCCUCUAAGUCCGAGGCUAAACUUGCCGAUAAGCCCGAGAACCCCUCUGCCCGGUAGCCCUUACAAGCCGAUGUUGCAAAAGAGUUAUCUGUCUCCGACUGUGGUUAGUACUUCGGUCGAACAGUCACCGGCUUCCUCCACUUCCUCCGUUGACAACAAUGAGCUCGUCGCGAAAUCAAAGUCCCCGAUCGCCGACGUGGAAGUUAAGUUUUCGGGCCCGAAUCUAGUUUUGAAGACGGUAUCUCCUCGGAUUCCUGGUCAAGCUCUGAAAAUAAUAUCGGCUCUUGAGGAACUCUCACUCGAAAUCCUCAAUGUCAACAUUAACACCGUUGAUGAAAUCAUGCUUAAUUCCUUCACAAUCAAGAUUGGGAUUGAAUGCCAGUUGAGUGCUGAAGAACUCGCCCACCAGAUCCAGCAAACAUUCGGCCAUUGCUAGGGUUUACUCGAUCGAUCAUAUAUUUUUUCAUUUAGGUUUGAUAACUUACAUGUAAUUGUAGAUUAGUAAUGUUAAUUAUCACGGGAUUGCAUUCAUUAGCU